AAAGCCUAUUUGGCCUCCUCACAUAUCAAAUUGUGUUCGGGGCUUUGUGUGUGUUGACGGUGGUGGGAACAAGGAACAUCAUAUCCAAUUGUCUCUCCGGAGACACAGCAAUGUUCAUUUCCGACAAGUCUCGUCCGACUGAUUACUACGAAGACGAUAAUCCCAAUUCUUCAACCGCCACAACACGCGAUAUGAUGAUCGAUGUCACCACCACAACCACCACCACCAAUGAAGCAGUAACAGAUCUACAAACUCACCACCACAACAAUCACAACCAAAACCACAAUCAUCAUCACCACCAUCAUCAUCAUCAUCUCAACCAAUCUCAGCAGCAGCCUCAACAGAUUCUCCUCGGGGAAAGCAGUAGUGAGGAUCACGAAGUGAAAGCUCCGAAGAAAAGAGCAGAGACAUGGGUUCAAGACGAGACUCGUAGCUUAAUCAUGUUCCGUAGAGGUAUGGAUAGUUUAUUCAAUACAUCCAAAUCCAAUAAACAUCUAUGGGAACAGAUUUCGUCUAAGAUGAGAGAGAAGGGGUUUGAUCGAUCUCCGACCAUGUGUACGGAUAAGUGGAGGAAUCUAUUGAAAGAGUUUAAGAAAGCCAAGUAUCAUGAUAGAGGUAAUGGAUCGGCUAAGAUGUCUUAUUACAAGGAGAUUGAAGAUAUUCUUAGAGAGAGGAGCAAGAAAGUAACAGUAACGACCCAGUUUAAUAAGAGCCCUAGUACACCACCAACAACUGCUAAAGUUGAUUCCUUUAUGCAAUUUAGUGAUAAAGGAUUUGAUGAUGCGAGCAUUUCAUUUGGAUCCGUUGAAGCUAAUGGCAGGCCAGCCUUAAACCUUGAAAGGCGUCUUGAUCAUGAUGGUCAUCCACUUGCAAUCACUGCAGUUGAUGCUGUUGCGGCAAAUGGAGUUACUCCUUGGAAUUGGAGAGAGAAUCCUGGAAAUGGUGGUGAUGGUCAUGGUCAGCCUUUUGGUGGGAGGGUCAUAACAGUGAAAUUUGGAGACUAUACAAGAAGAAUUGGUGUUGAUGGUAGCGCCGAAGCAAUCAAAGAAGCAAUCAGAGCUGCUUUUGGGUUAAGAACUCGACGGGCUUUUUGGUUAGAAGAUGAAGAUCAAAUUGUUCGCUGUCUUGACCGAGACAUGCCUUUAGGGAACUAUCUACUCCAUCUUGAUGAUGGACUUGCCAUUAGGGUAUGCCAUUAUGAUGAAUCCAACCAGUUACCAGUCCAUUCAGAAGAGAAAAUCUUCUACACGGAAGAAGAUUACCGCGAUUUUCUGGCUCGACGGGGAUGGACAUGCCUGCAAGUUGAUGGUUUUAGGAACAUAGAAAACAUGGAUGAUCUUCAACCUGGUGCCGUGUACCGGGGAGUGAGGUGAGACUCUGGGAUCACAGAACUUCAUCAACAGCUUGUCUAAAUCAGAAAACAGUCCCCUGUGAAUAUAAGCUCAUUCCCUUGUGUACAUUUCCUCCUUCUCUCCCCUGAGAAGAACAAAGAAUGUAUUUGUUCAAAUAUGUACGACACCCACUUGCAUUUACCAUACAGACCAAUAAGACCUUUUUUGUGGUCUGUAGCGUUUGUAAGAACAGAGCAUAAGAGAAAAGUGGAUAAAGGAUUCACAUUGACAUUCAGACAAGACCAAGUGUAGUGUGGUGUCAGUUACUCUUCAUUUCAUUCGUCGUUCUUUUUAAGAAACGUGUUUGACGACCUUGUAAAACUGCAAA